AUGGCCUUGGAAUCCUUCCAUCUCUUCUCAUCUCUUCCUCCCGAGCUCCGUCGGACGAUCUAUCUUCUUGCCACGCCGCCUCGCGUCGUCCAUAUAAGAGAAGUAGCUGAAGAUAAGCUUGCAUUUCUCAAAAAUCUCAGUAUCAUAGCAUUCAAGAGACAGCUAUGUUCUUCCCUGACACAUUUCGCCCACCACUGGCGUGGUUGUAUCCCCAAGAAUACCAGACAACCAACGCUCGAGCGCUUCGGAGUUACCGGGGCCCGGCCACGCUAUCAACCCUGGGAGCCGUCAGAUGCAACCCCCGAUAUCGAUAUAGCAUGGCUAAUUACGCAACCGGAGUUAGCAUGGGAGAUGAUCCGCAACUGCUACCUGUACAGCGACACGCCAAUCCCAGCACUGCUGCACGUCUGGUCUGAAUCGCGCCAGGAGUUGAUCACACUGGGGUAUGAGCUUGCGUUUCGAACACGCUCACAUGGUCCCCGAACGUGGUUCAAUUUCAAUUGUGACGUGAUGUAUAUCACAAAUGUCGAGGACAGUCCGCAGUCUUCAGGAAAUGGCUCGUUUCUCUGUAGCAACAUAUUUUACGAUGUCGGGCAGUUCCAUCCGCGUGAUCUGACCAGAGUGAAGAGAUUAGCCUUGGGAGAGGGCGGUCCACUCUUAUUUCCAUGGUGGGAAAGGACAUCCUGGACGAGAGGAAUAUUCAACCUCUUGACCCUCUUCGGGCAUCUAGAUGAGCUGCUGCUGAGCGAAUGGGAGGAAGAAGAUAUUGCCUGUUGGAAGGAAUUGGGGCCUCAUUGGGAAGGGUACUCGUUCACUUCGAUUAAUAAACGUGAGCACCGAUGCUGCUUGGCUGUUGAAGAGAUCGACGCCUUGCAUUCAAUCGUCUUUCCUGGUGGUUGUCGCAGUGACUUAGGGUCCGUUGGGCAAGUUGCCGAAAUACUUAAAGCCUAUCAGCAAAACAUGGGAAGCAGUUUCCGCUACUUUGAACACCGACCAGAUGUCAUCAAACGAGACAUUGCCGCUCUGAGAGACGCCAUUCUCGCUCCAGGCCCUCACAUACCCAUCCUCCGAGAUCCCUGGCCGAUCCCCAGGAUCCGAGUCGUACAUAUUCUGCCAGAAUCCAUGGCCGAACGAAUGCGCCUUGAGCGACUGUUUGCCUGGGGAAAGCUCUACCAAAUGAAAAGAGACUGGAGAAACGCUAUAGAGGGCAUCCCGACCAACACUUACUCAAAUGGCAGGGCCGUGACUCCUGAGCUAGACAUGCCAGAUAGUCCGCAAUUCAACUGGCAGACGGACGACCAGGAGGAGUAUUUAGACGCUAGGGCCUUUAGCGUCUACUCAUAUGAGCAGAUUGAGGGUGAUACUUUACUAUGGGGUCGAUAUCGUCCGAAGUCGUGGUGGACACAGAAAGGAUUAGUUGCGAAACCAGGACAUGAAAUCCUGCUCUAA